CGAGAGUGGUCUCCCUUCGUCAACAAGCUCAGACUUUGAUCAUGUUGUCCUCGCGACUGUCCUGUCUCCUGUUAAACUGGUUUCUCGCUUUAACUGUCUUACAAGCUUUUACCAAUUUUGUUGUCGCAUUUUUGUUGACUGGAGUUGCAUUUCUACUCAUUCAAGUAUACAGGAUCCCUGCUAUUCCCAGCGAGACCCUGCGGUCGCGAUUCCAGCAGACGACGGGUUCAGGGAAGACGAAAGACAAACAGAACAUUAUACUUCACCGAGCUGGAGUAUAUGAUUCACCCGAAAAUACCCUCGAAGGAGUGAAAUUGGCUUAUGAGUGUGGUGUUGGUGGUGUGGAGGUUGACCUUGAGUUCACUGCUGAUGGGGUCGGUGUUCUGUUCCAUGACAGCACCCUGGACAGAACCACUGAUGGAAGUGGGCCAAUCUGUCACCUGAAUUAUGAGGAAGUCAGGAAGUUGGAUGCAGCUUCAAAACAUGCCUGCAGAUCGAAAACAGGUCCAAUGCAGAUUCCGUGUCUGGAAGAGUGCAUCCAGGAGUGUCUGAAGCUGGAUCUCACACUGUACAUCGACUGUAAAAGCCAGCCAGAGAAGACAGCGGAGCUACUAGGAACACUAUUCAAGAAGUAUCCAGCAUUGUACAACAAGGCUAUUGUGUGCUCCUUCUAUCCUCAAGUCAUCUACAGUGUGAGGCGGAAGGACCCGAGUAUUGUGACCGGCUUGACCCAUCGCAGGAAGGUCCUGUCCACUGUGUCCGAGGGAGUCCUGAGGAACAAGGAGUUGUGGAAGAAGAUUGUCUCCCCUGUCCUGGACGUCCUCCUGGAGUGGUCACUGUACUCCUGGGUCUGGUAUCUGUGUGGAAACAGCUACUUCCUCAUGCAUAAAGACAACCUCUCACGGCAUAAUCUCAACUUCUGGACCAGCCUAGGAAUUCAAGUGAUCCCCUGGACCGUCAACGACCCGAGGGAGAAGGAACUCUUCACCCAAUCUUUCAACUGUCCCAUCAUCACUGAUGGCAUGGAGACAGAAUAGAUCACCAUCACACACUGACACUAGUGUUGGAGACCUAACUACAUGGAAUGGCUGUGUAUUUAGAGUUAACUCCCUUGUACAUGCCUUAAACCACUGACAAACUCAAUGUUAGAACCUUUGUCAAUACUUCACAGGUUUUGUGUCCUGUUCAAAAGAAGUUAAGGACCACCCAAUUCUUUCAUACAUGUAUUACUAUAGUUAAUCUAUCAUGCCAUGACAAAUGAACUAUAGUAAUAUGAAAGAAUAUCCUUAUCUUCUUUUGACUGGUAUAUAGCUACAUUCCUCAUUCACCUAUGAAUACGUACAGUUGAUUUGCAAUGUAAGUGGUAGAAACUAACUGUUUUAAUUCACCAGUCCUUAUAAUGAUAACACACAGCAAAACCCUUAAUAAUGGCAAAUUUCUACUAGUCCUUAUGAUACCUGAACUAUUGGUCAGUUUGACAAGGACUAUAGGACUAGUGCCAAUUUAUAGCACUGGGUAUAGUUGCUAUUUUUGACCAACCUAUCAAAACAAGGCCUGGUUCCAGCGAUAAGGAAACAGUGUGUCUUCCGACCAAUGACAGCUCAGGUUACAUCAUACAAACAAUGUAUUCCAUGCAACAUGCAGACACAUUGCUUCAAUAUCUGACAAUUUAGGUGUACACAAAGUUGAUGGAUGGAGUGCGACCAUUUUGCUUCUGUCUAGAGACAUACACAGUCUCAUUUCACGUACAGAUUCAAAAUAGACGCGAAAUCACAAAACGGUCGUAUGAAGCCGAUUCAUUGGUGAUAGAGGAACAUAGUUUAUACAAAACCCAUGAAUUAUUGAUGUUGGGAUACAAUACACGAUAAAGCAUGUUCUGUAUUGAUACAAGUUCACAAAGAUCUGAACAGCAGAUGGUUUUAAGCUGGUACUGAGUAACAUUUUGACAUCGUCAUGCCGGUUUUAAGUACUUUUACGUCUGAUCAUGUAUGGAUGUUGUCUUAAGAUCAGGAACAUAUUUUUGUCUGUUAUAUCACAAUAUCACGAUUUUACCCUACCUCAUAGAUGAUAUGUUAUGUAUCCUAAUAUGACUUUCAACAUAUCUAUUACUCCAUUAUUUUAACGGUCAAGUUUGGAUUUUUUUUUUUUCCUUUUCACAAGUCCAUGAUAAUGAUCAGCUGAAGGGUUGCAAUGUACCGAACAGUAAAAAUGAUAUUCUCCAAACAAAAAUCUCUACUACCUGAAUCCUUCUAGUUUUGAAACAUGCAGAUAUGCAUUGUUUUUUUGUUUACAAAUGUACUCUUUUUAACACCAACCAAUAAGACAUAUAUGGCAUUGUUAUGUUUUUGUUCUUUUAAAUAUAUUUUAAGCUGUUUGUAAUCAUUUUAAUAAUAUUAUAAUAUGACAAAUUGAUGACCACUAUUUUUAUUAUAUUUUUUAUCGAUUUAGCUCAAACUGAUUUUAAGAGACCAAUAUGCUUUCUACAAUGAUAAAAAUUAGACAUUGAUGUGAUAGAUCUAUUCUUCUGUGUAUGUCUGUCCGAUGUACACUGAAAAUGCUAGGCAUGCUGAAACCAGAAUAAGCAAUGCCAUGUUAAAGUAUUUCAGACAGAUAGAUAUAUACAUCAAUCUCAUUAAAAUCAGACCUUAGUUUUCACUACCGCUAAACAAAGAUCUGAAGACAUCCCAUUAGGGGUCACGUCAGAAUUACCUUUUAUCUGACCAA